UUUUUUCUUUUUUAUUGACAAGCAGAGAAGGUGACUCCUCGGCGAGCAGGGUAGUAGCUCGCACAAAUCUUAACAAAUAACCCAAAAGAAGAGUGGUUUUCCGGGGAGAGCGACCAUGUCUUCUUUGGGAAGGGCGUUGGGAGUCCUUCGAGCCGGAACUCUGCUCAUGAGCCGCGGACCACAAAGAAUAACGACCAGAAAGGCUGGCGGUGGACCCCCCAAUAAGCUGCUCUACAGGGAGUGUCCGGAUAUAUCGACGAAGCAGAAGUUCGAUUCCGAGCUCCUCGGCGGGUUUAUGUGGUUUUGGAUCCUUUGGCACUUAUGGCACGACACUGAUGCUGUCACGGGUCAUUUCCCAUGGCCUGAUGCUUCCCAAUGGACGGACGAGGAGCUCGGAAUUCCACCAGAUGAUGAGGAAUAAGGUCACCAUGAGGGAUUCGAGCUGCUGGGAAAGUUUUUGUGGAAAUCUUCAGGAUAUUCGUAAAGCUAUUGUUCUACAUAAGACUAAUAAAUGUCUCUGUAAAUAUGUUAA